AUGGAGUGCCACCGUCGCGGCCCCAAGCUCGGGAUUCCACUCGACAUCUUCGAGCAUACUGAGGUUGAAAUCAACAAGGAUCAUGGAACCGUCACUCUCAUAUCGACCGAAGCGCGGAUCGCUUCUAACAAGCUCCUGCUGCGAACGCAGACCUGCAUUCUCGGCCCACCGAAACCACGAACAGUGUCAAAUAAAGUCCAUGCCCUCAGUUUCUGCAGGCGAAUUGGCAUUACACUAUGCCACGGCUCCCCGAUGGACGGUCCCAUGGACAACAGAUUCGUCAAAUACAAGUCCUCCAUUUACGAUAUGUCAUGGGAGUGUUGGGAUUGCCUCUCGGACUCUCGAAUCGAUUUCCUCGAUUUCGGAGGACCAGGGAUUGUGAUAGUCGCCACGCGAUGGUUCAAUCUUGGUUCUGGGAUGCAGCCAGGCGGUGCGAAAUCAUUUUUGCAUCUUGCCCGGCAGAAGCUAAAUCCCAUGUACUGCUCGAUGAUAGGCUGGAGUCGCAUAAAGUUCGAAGCUCUAAAUGGUCCGUCCACUGAUGAGAUAACGGCAAAGAAUGCAGAUAGGUUGGUCUUAUUGCCAACAGCCUUGUUAAGUCGACUUGAUAAAAACCCUAAGUGUAAGAGCGACGCGAAUUUUAUAUUACCAGGUCCACUAAAGGCUCAAGGAUUUGAUGGUACAAAUUGGGAAUGCCUAGACGGUAACUCAGAUUGGUGGUAUCUUGUCCCCCAAGAGGACCAAAUUUCACACACAUCGAUCUUCGAGUUGAUCAACGGGUAUGGUACGUUAGGCCCUUGA